GCUAGAUUACCGUUCCUCCUCCACUCACUUUCCCUUCUCUCUCUUACACAUCGUCGACGAUUUUUGCACCGGAGCAGUGAAAAUCGGCGAAAAGAUCGGCCAUAUCACAACAGAAACGAAGAAAGCACCAAAGUCGGGGGAUUAGUUUGGAUCGCCAAAUCCACGGGUUUUCUUUUUUCUCGUUGUUGAUUCCUUUGUUCAAUUUAAAAAGCUCUCGUUCUUGAACAUUUGCUUUCGAUUCUUUUUCUUUUGGUAAAGAAUCCGCUAUCUCGCAAUACCCAGUUUGAGCUUUUUAGCCUUCUUCCACAUUCACGAUAACGAAAUAUUACAGCUAUGUCCCCGUCUCGCUGACUGUCAUUUGCAGGGAUUGUAGGAAAGAAUCGUUUGUUUUUCUUUUUUCUGUUCAGUCUUUCUUUUUCUUCCUUUUCUUCAAUUCAUCGCAGAAGAAAAUGUCUGUUGCCGACUGUGCUUUGAGUCCGGUUCGUCAAGAAACGGUUCGCUCUCGCGGUUAUUGCGAAAACCAAGCGGGUGAGUCGAUCUUGUUUUACCUUUCCGUCGCCGGUUCGGUUAUUCCGAUGCGAGUUUUGGAGUCGGACUCGAUAGCCUCCGUCAAGCUCCGGAUCCAGACAUGCAAAGGGUAUGCAGUGAAGAACCAGAAGCUUGUUUGCGGAGGCAGAGAGAUGACUCGGAACGAUUCGCUCCUCAAAGAUUACGGCGUAAAAGGUGGGAACGUUUUGCAUUUAGUUUUGAAGCUUUCCGAUCUUUUGCUUAUCACUGUACGGACAAGCUGUGGGAAAGAAUUUGAAUUGCAUGUUAAUAGGAAUAGGAACAUUGGGUAUUUGAAACAAAGGAUAGCUAGAAAAGAAAAAGGCCUUGUGGGUGUCGAUGAACAAGAGAUAUUCUUUAAUGGUGAAAAAAUCGACGACCAAAGGUUAAUCGAUGAUCUAUGUAAAUAUAACGAUGCCGUGAUGCAUUUGGUGGUUAAAAAAUCAGCCAAAGUUCAAGCUAAACCUGUCGAGAAAGAUUUGGAACUUUCUGUUGUCGCUGAGAGUGAGCUAGAUGAGAGUAGAGGUAGUGUAGGAGGAGAAAAAAACCAAUCCGAUGAGCAUCAUCAGAUUGUGACAGAGGAUUUCUUGUUGGAGCCUGUUUUUGUUAACCCCAGAGUGGGAUUGCCUCCAUUUAUAUGGGACAUGAUUCAUUCCACAUUUAAUGGAUUGGAUAUAGGGAACCAGCCGAUUAGAUCAUCUGAAGGGACUGGAGGGACUUAUUUCAUGCAAGAUAAAUCGGGGCUUGAUUAUGUUUCCAUUUUCAAGCCGAUCGACGAGGAGCCAAAUGCUGUGAACAAUCCACAAGGGUUACCGUUAUCAACCAAUGGUGAAGGGCUGAAAAGGGGCACAAAGGUUGGAGAAGGAGCAGUUAGAGAAGUGGCUGCUUAUAUAUUGGAUCAUCCCAAGAAUGGACCUCGAUCUGUGUCGGGCGAGAUGAUGGGGUUCGCUGGUGUGCCUCCUACCUGCAUGGUUCAAUGCUUGCACAAAGGGUUUAACCAUCCUGAUGGGUAUGAACAUGCACCUGAGAAUGUUAAACUCGGAUCGUUACAGAAGUUUAUGAAGAACUCGGGGAGUUGUGAGGACAUGGGUCCUGGAGGUUUCCCGAUGGAGGAAGUGCACAAGAUCAGUGUGUUUGAUAUAAGAACGGCGAAUGCUGAUAGACAUGCUGGUAAUAUCUUGAUUGGCAAAGGAGAUGAUGGUCGCACCGUGCUUAUUCCAAUCGAUCACGGCUACUGCCUGCCUGAGAAUUUUGAGGAUUGCACAUUUGAUUGGGUUUACUGGCCACAAUCACGGCAACCUUACUCUCCAGACACUCUUAACUAUAUAAAAUCACUGGAUGCCGAACAAGAUAUCGCACUUCUGAAUUAUUACGGGUGGGAUGUUCCUGUUGAGUGCGCUCGCACACUGCGAAUCUCCACCAUGCUUUUGAAAAAAGGUGCAGAGCGAGGUCUAACUCCCUUCACCAUUGGAAGCAUCAUGUGCAGAGAAACCGUUAACAAGGAAUCUGCUAUCGAGCAGAUCGUUCGUGAAGCUCAAGAUUCCUUGCUUCCAGGCAUGAGCGAAGCUGCGUUCAUGGAAACUGUCUCUGAAGUCAUGGAUUCUUGGCUUGACAAGCUCACAAACUGAUUUGCCAACCUAGAAUACCAUUACAUAAUUGUAUGUAUUCACCUAACGACGAGUCCAUUUUUGUAUGGACCGCAACAAAAUCACGCGAACGUAGAUGGCUUAUCUUCUUUUACACAGGCCGAAGCUUUCGUGUUUUUUUUUUUCUUUUUUUUUUCUCCUUUCUUUCACUCAGUCAAGCUUAUUACUUGACCCUUAUAUCAGUAUCAGUACAUUGAGCAGAGUCAAAGAUAAUAAAUAAUAUAUGUAUGCUAAGAUUCUAUAUUUAUAUAGAUUGCAGGAUCAUAGCUCAAGAAGAGCUAAAAAAAAAAAACCUUGUACAUACAUUUGAAGUUGUCUGUAAAGAUUGAUUGUUCAACAUUUUUCAGGGAACAUUCACUUGUGCCUACAGAUGCAAGUGGGAGAACAGAAAAUUAGGAAAAGCUGCAAAGCAAAUGAAAUUACAUUAUGUAUAUGUUGCAUUUGUACAUACCAUUUCUUCUAAUUUAACUUAUAUUAUUUA